AUGGCCGAUUACCUCGUUUUCUCCCCAGCCGGAGCAAAUACAAAUAAUUAUGCAAAUGUUGAUGAAAUUGUUGAACACGCAACUCGAAACAAUGUCGACGCAGUUUGGGCCGGUUGGGGACAUGCUAGCGAAAAUCCUCGUUUACCCGAAGAAUUGAGCAAAAGAAAUAUUGUUUUUAUUGGCCCUCCAAGUAAAGCAAUGUUUGCGUUGGGAGAUAAAAUUGCUAGCACGAUUAUAGCUCAGACAGUAAAAAUCCCGACAAUAGAAUGGUCAGGAAGUGGAUUAGUAGUUGAAUCAACAGGAGAAGAAGAAAGCGGAAAAGAAGGAGGAGGGGGAGGAAGCGAAUUAGAAAUCUCCAAAGAAUUGUAUUUAAAAGCUUGUGUCUCCACAGUUGAAGAAGGCUUGGCAUCAAUGAAAGAAAAAAAUAUUUGUUACCCAGUAAUGAUAAAAGCAUCUGAGGGAGGUGGUGGAAAAGGAAUUAGAAAGUGUAUUAGUGAUGAAGAAUUUCGAACAAAUUUUAGAAGAGUUCAGGCUGAAGUGCCGGGAAGUCCUAUUUUCUUGAUGAAAUGUAUGGUCAAUGCGAGACAUAUAGAAGUUCAAUUAAUUGGGGACCAUUACGGCCAAGUAAUUCCAAUAUUUACCCGUGAUUGUUCAAUACAGAGGCGUUGUCAAAAAAUAAUAGAAGAAGCCCCAGCAGGUAUUGCCUCCCCAGAAAUUCAACGGCAAAUGCAAAUGGAUGCGGUCAAUUUGGCUAAAAAAGUUGGUUAUGUUAGUGCUGGGACUGUUGAGUACAUGUAUUUACCAUCAGAACAAAAAUAUUAUUUUUUGGAAUUAAAUCCACGUCUACAAGUAGAACAUCCAUGUACUGAAAUGGUUGCAAAUAUAAACAUUCCAGCUAUACAACUUCAAAUUGCUAUGGGUAUACCUUUACAUAGAAUAACUGAAAUUCGUCUCUUUUAUGGAAUGGAUAGAUAUGGAAAUUCCCCUUUUCCUCAAAACCAAUGCCGUACAGACACAAAUAUUCACGUUAUUGCUGCUCGUAUAACAAGUGAAGAUCCAGCUGAAGGUUUUCGUCCAGCUAGUGGAUCUGUUGAAGUUUUAAAUUUUCAAUCUAAUCAAAAUGUUUGGGGGUAUUUUUCUGUUUCCAGUACUGGAAAGGUUCACGAAUUUGCUGAUUCACAAUUUGGACAUUUAUUUGCUAAAGGAACUACAAGAUACGAAGCCAUUUCCGCUCUAUUAUGUGCCUUAAAAGAAUUAGAAUUGCGGGCCACUUUUACUUCCCAAGUAAAUUAUUUGGUUGGAUUAUUACACGAUAAAGAAUUUGAAAAUAAUGAAUUUCAUACGGGUUGGUUAGAUGCUAGAAUUGCUGCUAGGGUACAAUCUGCACCUGAAUUGCCUGUACAUGUUACUGUUGCUAUUGGGGCUACUUUAGUUGGUUAUACCCGUAUAUCAGAAGUAUUUUCAAAAUUUCAAAGUGCUUUGGAACGCGGACAAAUCUUACCAAAAUCUGGAUUAACAGAAACAUGGGAAUUAGAAUUAGUUCAUUCAAACAUAAAAUAUAGCGUUAUGGUUAAUAAAUUUGGCCCAAUAAAUUAUUUGGUUCGUCUAAAUGAUUCGGUUGUAACUACAAUUGUUAGAGAAUUGGGGAAUGGAACUUUAAUUAUUAUUUAUUCACAUCAAGCUUAUACUUGCCAUUUGGAGGAGGAGUCUGAACGUUUCAAAGUCGUUAUUGGAAGAACCUUAACAAUAUUUGAAAAAGAAAAUGAUCCAUCAAUGUUACGUUCAAAAAAUGCUGGGCGUUUUAUGCAAUAUUUAAAAAGAGAGGGGGAUUAUGUUUGUGUUGGGGAAGUUUAUGCAGAAAUGGAAUCAAUGAAAAUGGUUAUAAAUUUGGAAGUGUCUAAAGCUGGUGGAAGGCUUAUACAGGUAGCCCAACCCGGCCAUGUAUUAUUCCCAGGCACUUUAAUUGCUAGACUUGAAGACCAAGAUGAUGUUUCAACACAAAAACCUAAAAAUUUUGUUGGGAGAAUGGAGGAAUGGGAUUCUGCUAUAACUAAAGAUGUGCUGGACAGAGGAAAGAGCCGAUUAGAUACUCGAUUUGAGGAUCUCAUUUUGACAUGUAAAGACAUUUUGUCUGGUUAUUGUAUGCCAGAACCCUACUUUCACGAAAAAAUUGUUCGUCUAGUAGACGAUUUUUACAACGUUUUAAACAACCCCCAACUUCCAUAUGCUCUAUUCAAAGUUUUUUUGUAUGCUGUCGAAAGUCGAAUUUGUCGAAUGUCUUCAUACUCAAAAAUUAAAAAAUUAAUUUCUAAUGUUAACCACCAAACAUUCCCAGCAAAUGAAUUGGCUGAAGAAAUGGAAUCUUAUUUGUGUACUCUAAAUCCUACUGAAUUGGGAAUUGAAAAACAAUAUUUUGAAUCUCUUAUUAAAAUUUGUGAAAGAUUUGGCGAUGGUCUUCUCGGACAUUUACAAAUUGUAAUCUCAGAAUUUUUAGAAAACUUUAUCGAUAUUGAACAUCACUUUCAAGACGUUUCUUACGAUAAAGGUGUUUCUUCAAUUAAAUCAAUCAUUUCUGACCCUUCAAGGUGGGGUUUUUUAAUAUAUUUUGUGGUAACACGCGCUCAAAGAUGCGGGCGCCCAAACGACCCUAUCCAAUAAAU